UGCAAGGGAUCGUACACUUGGGUUUCAUAGGCCUACUACGAAUCUGAAGCUUUCACAACCAAAGGAUCACUGGUUAUUGGCUAAGUCUGGAAUAUGGAAUGGGUAUUUUGGGGUUUGGCAGCUGUUUGUGCAGGUUUAAUUUUGUUUUUGGUGAAGAUUGUAACAAGGAUGUGGUGGAAGCCUUUGCAAGUGAAAAAGUUCUUUGAAGCCCAAGGAAUCAGUGGCCCUCCAUACAGGCUAUUCUAUGGGAAUACCACAGAUAUAUCCAGAAUGAUCGAUGAGCAGAAGUCCAAACCCAUGCCACUCUCACAUGACAUGCUCCCUCGAGUUUUUCCCCAUUUACAUCAGUGGAGCAGAAUUUAUGGUUACGAUUAUGUUUUCUGGUUUGGACCGAAUGCUAGGUUGGUCGUUCCCCAUCCUGAGCUUAUUAAGGACAUGUUCCACUAAAUUUGACAACUAUUCAAAGCUUCCGACAAAUCCCCUUUCAAGACAACUGGUUGGACAGGGACUUGUGGGGUUGACAGGUGAGAAAUGGGCUCGGCACAGAAAAAUCAUCAAUCCUGCUUUCCACAUGGAUCUUUUGAAGGGUAUGAUUCCAACAAUUAUUGAAAGCAGUGCCAAUAUGUUGGAGGAAUGGAGUAAAUUGGUGUUGUCAGGUGCAUCGGAAAUUGAAGUGCUGAAGGAGUUCCGUGAGCUCACAGCAGAUAUUAUCGCCCGCACAGCAUUUGGUAGCAGUUUUAUAGAGGGAAAGGAUAUAUUUGAUAUGCAGGCUAAACAGAUGGUUCUUACAUCUGAAUUAUUUCACACUGUUUAUAUUCCAGGUUUCAGGUUUCUGCCUACUGCAAAGAACAGGUAACGUUGGAAUUUGGAGAUAAAUAUAAGAAGAUGCUUAAAACAAGUUAUAGAUGCGAGGAAAAAGACUGCUGGAAUGGAGAAAACAGGUAGCUAUGGUGCCGAUCUGCUUGGUUUUAUGAUGUCUGAGAGCAAGCAGCAGAGGAGAGUCAAUGGAAAAAGUAAUGCAAGCCUGAGCACGGAGGAAAUAAUUGAUGAAUGUAAGACUUUCUACUUUGGUGGUCAUGAAACCACAUCAGUGCUGUUGGCAUGGAGUAUAAUAUUUGUAGAAUUUUGAAUCUGACCUAUCCUCU